AUGUCCAGUGCUGCUGUCAUUGCUGCUGCCACUGCCUCCCAGAACCCUAACAAUAUGAGUUCAGCUAACACAUCGUCUAACAACUCGGUUGUUGGAUUGCAUUACAAGAUCGGAAAGAAAAUCGGCGAAGGAUCGUUUGGUGUUCUUUUCGAGGGUAGCAACAUUAUCAACGGUGUUGCCGUUGCCAUUAAAUUUGAGCCAAGAAAGACCGAGGCUCCUCAGUUAAGAGACGAGUACAGAACCUACAAGCAUUUGCAAGGAUGCGACGGUAUCCCUAAUGCCUAUUACUUCGGCCAAGAGGGAUUGCACUCCAUUUUGGUGAUUGAUUUGUUGGGUCCCUCCUUGGAGGAUUUGUUUGAUUGGUGUGGACGCCGUUUCUCCGUCAAGACCGUCGUUCAGGUGGCCAUUCAGAUGUUGAACCUCAUUGAGGACGUACACCGCCACGACUUGAUCUACAGAGAUAUCAAGCCUGAUAACUUUUUAAUUGGUCGUCAGGGCUAUCCUGAUGAGAACAAGGUCCAUUUGAUUGACUUCGGAAUGGCCAAACAGUACAGGGACCCAAGAACCAAGCAACAUAUUCCUUACCGUGAGAAGAAGUCCUUGAGUGGAACUGCACGUUACAUGUCCAUCAACACCCACUUGGGUAGAGAACAGCUGAGAAGAGAUGACUUGGAGGCCUUGGGCCACGUCUUCUUCUACUUCCUCAGAGGUCAAUUACCAUGGCAGGGUUUGAAGGCACCUACAAACAAGCAGAAAUAUGAAAAGAUUGGGGACAAGAAGAGAACUACUUCCUCUAAUGUCUUGUGUGAGGGCUUGCCAAAGCAAUUCGCCGAGUACUUGGACUCUGUGAGAUCCUUGCCAUUCGAGGCUGAACCAGCUUACGAGGAGUACAGAAUGUUGCUAUUGUCUGUGUUGGACGAUCAAGGAACUAGCGCUGAUGGAGAUUUUGACUGGAUGCAUCUCAACGGUGGAAAAGGUUGGGACUCCACCAUUAACAAGAAGCCCAACUUGCAUGGAUACGGACAUCCAAACCCACCAAAUGAGAGAGAGAGACGCCACCGCGAGCAGCGCAGAAAUAGACCUCACCACUCUCAGCAAGGGGGCAACAUUCCGAACUCCGCAGGUAACAACAACUUGAACAAUAGCAUUAAUCCUUCGGCACAGCAACAACAACAGUUGUCCGCGGCACAGUCCCAUCAGCAGAAGUUACAACACUUGAUCAACAGGCCAUUACCACCUAUCAAACAGGAGCUUCAACCAAACUCCAACUUGAGUGCCAACGUCAACAACAACGAAGUAAUUGGCAAUCAUGGCAUCAUGAGAAACUCUCAGUCUAACUAUGCCACUCCACAAAGAGUCAACCAGUAUGAGCAACAACAGCACGUUGCUGACGAUGAGGAGAAGGGCUUCUGGUCUAAAUUGUGCUGCCACUAA